GCUCAAUUCUCCUCAUUCAAUUCUAGUGCUGUUGGUUGUUGUUUGAUGCCUGGGAAACAGAAACAGACAAUUCACAGACCGUCAUUUUUUUAUUUGAAACCUUCACAAAACCCUGUUUUCCUCCUCUUCUUCCUUCCUUCCUUGUCUUUGGAAAUUGGAACAAGAUGUGCAAGGCUUCCCCGUGCAAAUGCGACCACCACGAUGAUCCCACAGGCCUCCUAACUCAUCCUUUUGUGGUCGUCGAGGUGCCGUCGCCGGGGGCGCAUCCGGUCCUCCCGGCAAAGCCGCUUGGCUCGGAGAAAGGCUUAGCCUUCGUUGAGGUGAAGGCCAUACUUGGCCUCUCGCUGCCGAUGGUUUUGACCGGCCUCCUCCUGUAUUGCCGUUCCAUAGUCUCCAUGCUCUUCCUCGGCCGGCUCGGUGACCUGGCGCUCGCCGGCGGCUCGCUGGCCAUCGGCUUCGCCAACAUCACAGGGUACUCUGUUCUUUCCGGACUCGCCAUGGGCAUGGAACCCAUCUGUGGCCAGGCUUUCGGCGCCCGCCGCUACCACCUCCUCGGGCUCUCCCUCCACCGCACCGUCCUGCUUCUCCUUUCCUCCUCCCUCCCCAUCGCGCUUCUCUGGUACUACAUCCGCCCUCUCCUCCUCCUCCUCGGGCAGGACGCGGACCUCGCCGCGGUGGCCGCCUCUUACCUCCACGCCUCUCUCCCGGACCUGGUCCUCCAGUCAUUCCUUCAUCCUCUCCGCAUCUACCUUCGCGCCCAAUCCAUCACUCUCCCGCUCACCGCGUGCGCGGGGCUUGCCGUCGCGCUCCACCUCCCGAUUAACUACCUCUUGGUCUCCGUCCUCCGCCUCGGCAUCGGCGGGGUCGCUUGGGCCUCCGUUUGGUUCAACUUCAACGUCGUCCUGUUCCUCAUAGUCUAUAUCUACUUCUCUGGCGUCCACCGCGACACCGGCGGACUAAGCUUGGGAAAAGAAUGCUUGAGGGACUGGCGGUCGCUCCUCGACUUGGCCCUCCCCAGCUGCAUCUCCGUGUGCUUGGAGUGGUGGUGGUACGAGAUCAUGGUCAUCCUCAGCGGUCUUCUUCUAAACCCGCAGGCCACCGUAGCGUCGAUGGGAAUUCUGAUACAAACCACCUCGCUCAUCUACAUUUUCCCCUCCUCGCUCAGCUUCAGCGUGUCGACGCGCGUCGGCAACGAACUGGGCGCGAACCGACCCGACCACGCCCGUCGCGCCGCGGCGGUGGGGAUCUGGUGCAGCGCCGCGCUCGGCCUCACCGCGUUCAGUUUCGCCACCGCAGUACGGAACGUAUGGGCCAGGAUGUUUACCGGCGACGCGGCCAUCCUGGAGCUCACCGCGGCGGUGCUGCCGAUCCUCGGCCUCUGCGAGUUCGGGAACUGCCCGCAGACGACCGGGUGCGGGGUGCUGAGGGGCAGCGCGAGGCCCAAGCUUGGGGCCAACAUAAACCUAAGCUCCUUCUACGCCGUCGGCAUGCCUGUGGCCGUCGGCCUCGCGCUUUGGACGCCACUCGAUUUCAGGGGACUCUGGCUUGGGCUGCUCGCGGCGCAGGCCACCUGCGUCGCGCUGAUGCUCGUCGUCGUCAAUAGGACAGACUGGACCGCGCAGGCCGAGCGAUCCCAGCAUCUCACCGGAGCUUCCGCCGCCAAAGACGACGAGGCCGAGAACAAGACGGCGCCAAAAGCCGUCAACGACACGGAAGUGGAUGAGACCAACUGCUUGUUGGUCACUGUAAAGAUUAAGCAAUGAAUUAUGAUAUUUUACUUUUAUAUAUAUAGAUAUAAAUAAUUUUGUUUUAUUUUAAAAAAAUGUUUGUAACAAAGAAAAAUGGAGAC